GUCUUCAAUUGGUUCUCUACGUUCAUAAUUCUACGUAUCAAAUUUGUUGGUUCUGUGUUCGCAUACUGAUUGCUAGAAUUAAGCUGCCAUUGUGCGUUAAAGUCGCUCUGCACACCCUAGCCAAACACUUCAAUUAACCAUCAUGCAGUCUGCUCGUGUUAAGCCCGCGCACAGCCUGCGAGUGUACAUAACACCGAGCACUUUAUGCAGCCCACACAACAGUUAAAUCAACCAAUCAAGUUAAAUGUGUGCAGCGCGUAGACCAAUUGUCGAUGCUAUAUUUAAACAUAAUGUGCUGUUGGGCCAAGUCACGUGCAGCACAGCCAGGCGCAGGCCACGCUACCUGAACACCAGCAGCCAUGAUACCGGAGCAGCCGUUACGUCCCGCCACGCUCUUAUCAAAUCCAAAUUGGGGGGCCGAAAAACUGUGAGUGAUUUCCAAGAGCUCUACGAAGCAACAAAAAAGAAAUUUCAAUCCAAAAAGCUGCCCGUUGAUGUGCAUCCGGACGCCGUGUUUGCGUGCAAUGAGCUCGACCUCAGCGAGGUGCAGGUGUAUGGCUUCGACUAUGACUAUACACUCGCCUGCUACAAGCCCAUAUUGGAGGACUUGCUGUACAAUUUGGCCCGUGAAAUGCUGGUCAAGCGUUUCAGAUAUCCGGACGACAUUCUAGAUCUGGAAUAUGAGCCGAAUUUCGCUGUGCGUGGCCUGCACUACGAUGUGGAGAAGGGUCUGCUCGUCAAGCUGGACUCGUUUCUGCAGCUACAGCUCGGCUCCGUCUAUCGUGGACGCACCAAGGUGGACGCCGAGGAGGUCCUGAAGCUCUAUCACAAUCGUCUGCUGCCCAUCGCCUACGUGGAGGGACCCAACAAUAGCUAUAGGCAUAAUACGAACUCGAAAAUGGUGCAAUUGGCGGAUCUGUUCUCAGUGCCCGAAAUGUGCCUGCUGUGCAAUGUUAUCGAAUAUUUUGAACGCAAUCGCAUCGAUUACCAUCCGGAGAUUGUGUUCCAUGACACGCGCACCGCGAUGGGCUCCUGUCAUCCCAUAAUGCAUGCCACCGUCAUGAAGAACACGGAAAAGUACAUCGAACGCAAUUCAAGACUUGUGCAAUAUUUUCAGAAGCUUCAGCAGGCUGGCAAGAAUCUCUUUCUGGUGACCAACAGUCCCUUUUCGUUCGUCAAUUGCGGCAUGUCCUAUCUGGUGGGCGCCAAUUGGCGAGAUUUCUUCGAUGUGGUCAUUGUGCAGGCGCGCAAACCAAAAUUCUUUACGGAUGAAUCACGGCCCAUACGGCUGUACGAUGAGAAAACCAGUUCGCAUCUAUGGGAUCGCGUGUUUAAGCUGGAAAAAGGCAAAAUCUAUUAUGAGGGCUCGGUGCGGCAGCUGCAGGAGCUGAAAGGCUGGCGCGGCCAUUCGGUGCUCUACUUUGGCGAUCAUCCCUACAGCGAUCUGGCAGAUGUGACCCUAAAGCACAGCUGGCGCACGGGCGCCAUCAUCAGCGAGCUGGCCCAUGAGAUCAAGACAUUGAAUCGCGUGGACUUCAAGAUGAGCGCCAAUUGGCUGCAGAUGCUCACACAGCUGAUUGAGGAUACGCAGGACGAGGAGAGCGAGGCUGCGCAGGUCUGCCUGCGUGACUGGAUGGAGGAGCGUGAUCAAUUGCGCAACAAGACAAAGAACGUGUUCAACGAACAGUUCGGCAGCGUUUUUCGCACGUAUCACAAUCCCACGUACUUCUCGCGGCGUCUGUUCCGCUUCGCGGACAUCUACACCAGCGACAUUACGAAUUUGCUCAAGUUUUCGACGGCGCACACGUUCUAUCCGCGACGCGGCGUCAUGCCGCACGAAUAUGCCUCACACUUUAUCUAAAUCAAGGGGCAUUCGAUUUAAAUCAGCUCUCUCGAACGUAGUCUUAGUCUUGGUUGAUGCCAGAAACAAAGUGCCAGUGUUUAUUGUUGUUGUUUUUAGCUUGAAUCUAGAGAAUUUAUAAUUAUAAAUUGUUAGC